AUGACACAUAGGCAUGCUUUCGAAGCCCUCGAUAAGUCCUUGAGAGACAUUCUUUCUUUACAUGAUCCCAAAGCCAGAACUCUCCGAUUCGGCGGAAAAACGGUUCUUCUAGGAGGUGAUUUUAGAGAGAUCUUACCAGUCAUCCCACAAGGCACCAGAGCUGAUAUUGUCUCUGCCUCCAUAAGUCAUUCAUAUUUAUGGGAAUCAUGCCACAAAUUCACCCUCCAGAAGAAUAUGCGCCUCACCGAAGAUGAGAAAGAGUUCUCCAACUACGUCCUGAGGGUUGGCGAUGGGAACCCCCUACCUACUGAGGUGAAUGAAUUUGAUGAAGAUGAAGAGGAUCAGCUCAUUUCUAUUGACCGAACGUUGGUCGAGGAGCUCAGCUCAGAUCCUCACAAACAAAUUCUAGAAGCUACUUACGGGCGAACUGACCAGUGGAAAGGAACCAAGCAAGACUAUACAUAA